AUGACAACAACCCGCAAAUGCGCCGCCGUGGUCGUAGGCGCUGGUCCAGCCGGCGUCGCAGUCGUCGGCAAUCUCCUCGAGCGACAACUAGGCUCAAUAGCCUGGAUCGACCCCAGUUUCGAGUCAGGCCGAGUGAACCGCAAAUAUCGCGAAGUUCCCAGCAACACUAAGGUCUCCUUUUUCCAGUCAUACGCCACAUCCCUCCAACCCUUCCGAACCAUCAUCGAAAACACCCCGCGCCCAAAUGCCUUCACCACCAUGGCGAAACUGGACCAGGAGAAUACCUGCCACCUACACUACGCCGCUGAUAUGAUCCGCGGUCUUACGAAUGGCCUUGUCAAGAUGGAGCAGGUCUAUGCUUAUCAGGGCUUCGUUACGGCUGCCACUUUGAGCUCAAAGCCCGACCAAGCAAGAUGGACCGUUCGCAUCAAACAGUCCUCCGGCAACGAGGCAAACGAACUCGAAAUUGAAACAUCCCGCCUAAUCCUCUGCACCGGCUCCCACCCAACAAACCUCCCCGUGCCCAUCCCAGUUCUCUCCGAAACCCUCCCCACCACAAAGCCCACCACAGUCGCCGUCGUCGGCGCCUCCCACAGCGCUAUCCUCGCACUGCUAAACCUCGUCACUCUAGCCCAGUCUUCUCACCCCCACCUCCGCGUGAAAUGGUUCACCCGCCACAAGCUCCGGUAUGCGGAGUUCAUGGAUGGGUGGAUAUUGCGCGAUAAUACGGGGUUGAAGGGGUUGGCGGCGGAUUUUGCGCGUACUCAGCUUGAGGAGGGCGUAUUGGGGAGUUCGGAUGCGGGGAAGAUUGUUACUAAGGUUGAUUGUGCGGGUGGUGAGGCGAGGGAGAAGGAGAUGUAUCGGGCUCAUCUGCCGGAUUGUGAUUAUAUUACGCAAGCUGUGGGUUUUACGAGGGAUCCGUUGCCGCAGCUUGUUAAGGGGGAUGAUGCGGAGCCGUUGAGUAUGGAGUUUGAUCAUGAGACGGGUGCUUUUCAUGAGAGUGCUCCUGCUGGUGAGAAGAUUCCGGGCCUGUUUGGGGCUGGGAUUGCGUUUCCUCAGCGGGUUGUUGAUCCGUAUGGGAAUGUUGAGUAUGCGGUGGGAUUCUUUAAGUUUAUGAAGUUUUUGAAGAAGGUUGUGCCUUCUUGGUAG